UCUUAUAAUCAAGAGUUCGAGAGACUUUCCGACUCACUUGUUGACAAACCGCUUCCUUACCACAAUUCAUAUCAAAUGCCGCUGCAGGAAUUGCUAAAGAAUCCGCAUGAUACCGGUUUUGUGGUGAACUAAACGCAAGAAUGAACGAAAGCAACAUCAACGCCUCUCUACUCAUUACUACUCAUGACAUUGUUUUUGGUACGUUGUACUCGUUUAUUGUGUUUUUUGGCGUCAUAACGAAUGGCAUAAUCGUAUCUAUUGUACGGAAAACGCGAACCAUGCACACAACAACAAACUAUCUGUUGAUGAACUUGGCUGUAGCCGAUUUCCUAACGUUAUUAUUUUGUCCGGGUUUCUACGACUUUUCAUUACACAAUUUUCGAUUGGGCUCUGAGACAUUAGAUGACAUCUUUUGCAAGUUUAUUGCAGGAAAUGCAAUCGUUUGCGUCUCUUUCGAUGCCUCUGUGUUGACUCUGUGUGCCAUUGCGGUGGAGCGCUACCUCGGUAUUGUUAAACCUUUUAACAAACGUUGGGUGCUGACGAAAAAGAAAGUGAACUUUAUUAUUGUGGUUAUUUGGGUGACAGCUGCUUUUUCAAGCCUUCCCGAUAUGCUGUGGACCAAGAAAAAUAACGAAGACGUUCUUUCGCCAUGGCGGUAUCCAUGCACGCGUCCCUGGACAGUUAGGAACCAGAAAUUGAACGUCAAAGCUUACAUCCUUAGUCAUUCUGUCGCUUUAAUCGUUCUGCCUUCAGUCUUGCUUUGUUUUUGCUAUAUUUCGAGUUCUGCAGCGCUCAAGUCAAGCGCAGGUGAACCGGAUGAAGAUCCCGCUAGCAAACGGAAUAUGAAAAGACUCUUAAAGCUUCUUAUCUCGGUAGCUUUGGCAUUUUGCACACUCUGUCUGCCAUUUGCGGUUUUCUUUUUCUAUGUCACUACACUUGCCCCAAACCAUUUAGAGCAAAGCUUUAAAACGUUGUUUCUGACACACAGAAUCGUUCGUUUUUUGAAAUUUUCCAACUCAUUCGUAAAUCCCCUUCUUUACGCUGCUCAAAGCAAAAACUACAGAGAAGUUCUGUUUCAGAAACUUUGCCCCAAAAACAACACACGUAACACAGCAAACGAUGCUGCAGUCAGAGCCAGAGAGGAGAAACAUAGAAUAUAUUACGAAACAGCCGUGUAAAAUAACGGGCACAAUAAAGAAAGGUCAGUGACACAUUUGUCACGAGCGUGUUUAGUAGAAAACAACUUUAUUCUUGCUUGACGAACAGAAAGAAAGACGGAGAAAGAAAACGGAAUCCAAAGGGGAUUCGAAACCUAUUUGCUAAACGGUUUCGACUUCAUAAUUAAAGGUUCUGGAACAUGAAAUUACAAACUGUAACCUGUUUAGGGUGUGUUGAGUCAUAGACUAAGCCCACAUGUGAAAAGGGACCUUCUUAUUGCUAAGAUCAACAAUCGGUCAAAGGCAUUCUGUGAGGAUAUUGAAGAAUAUGGUUUAUUUUGAACUCAGUCGCAAGGAUACACCUGAUGUUUUUGAAGCGAACUGAAUAUACCUCUGUAAUUUGGUUUUAUCAACUAAACUGAAAUUGUAAAUUGACCACCGUAAAGAGUUAAAAAGCUGAAAUUUUGAGCGUUAGCCCUUCGUCAGAGCACUAAUCCCCUGAAAAUACCUCUGACAACUAUGAACAAAAUGGUUAAAUUAUUUUUUUUUUUGUAGGAUCAUCACGAAAUAGAGGACUGUGUUCUCAAAAACCCUUGACACUAAUCGGCAGAAACAUUCAAAGAGAUUACAAUCGGACCCAAAAUAGAAUAUCACCUAUAUAAAUGAUAAUUUUUACCAUAAUUGGCAGUAAUGUCGCAAUUUGAUUGGCCAGUUUGCCGUUGUCGAUAAGAGUACACACAACGCUGCUCGCGGCAAAGUAUCACGCGACCUGUCACUUACAGAAAGAAUCGGUUGGUUUUUUUUUUUUUUACUUCGAUGUUGUGAUAAAAAAAUAAAUCGAAAGUGGUUUAUCGUAAUCUGCGGACCCAGUCGGCUGCGCCUCGCGAAUCCACAACACUUUGACCAUUGUGAUGAUAGAAUAUCGUCGUCAACAUGAGUACAGACCACGUCAAACCACCGUCGAUUUGUCAAGUUUUAGUGAAUUAAACUGCCAGUCGUAAGAAUGCUGAAGAGUUGGACAUCAACCUGUUGACAAGUUAUGGGGACGCACAAUCGUCCCUUGGAAGAGAUUCAAUACCGAUGAAGAUUCUCGGAAAUUUUGGAUGCUUGCUAAAUUGUAACAACUAAUAUAUAUAACUACGGACUCUUUGGCUUUCGUCGACAGGUCAACAAUCGCUAAUCUUUGCUAACUGUAGCAUGUUAUCAUUCUUAACACUACUGAGUUGAAUUUAUUUCAUCUUAUGUUAUCAACGUUAAUCUGCGAUCACUGAGAUAACUAAAUCUCCAAGAUGAUUUUGCUUUCUAUAAGCUUUCGAGCUAAAUUUCCCUAUGGGGGCCGUCUCCUAUUGACCGCUUUUAUGUGUGGCAGUCAUUCCGCUUUCUUUUAUUCGAUGUGCAGGCAAAAAUACCACCAGCGUUUUGCUUCUUCCGCCUGAUGACUUCGCUCGACUCCCGCUAAGUUUGCGCCUCUUUAUAGGUAUCGACCCACAGUGGGUAUUACGAAACCAAUUAUCGUAAAGAUGAUCUGCGAAUGGUUCUUAUUUCUGUGGAUUAAAAGAUACCACUAUUUAGAAGAGGUAUCGUGAAACCACCGAAAAUAUAUAUUAGCCUAUCAGGAUAAGGGUAGUACCAAAAGUGAGCAAUGAAAACUAAAACUGAGUGUACGUGACUGGGCUUUGAGCUUAGAAAAUGAAAAAUGAGUAAUGACGAAGUCGCUCUAAGUUUUGGUCUUGCAUUUUGGUUUUUAAAUGCAAAUUAACUCGGGGAAUAAGACUGAAACAAAAACAAUUUCAUACUUACGAUCCUAAAAACUUCUGAAAUAUACCUUAAGGUUGCUAUUACUUUUUCGCUUUAUUUCUACCUUUUAAUUUUAAUUGUUUUUAUAUUUGUUCUUCUAAUCUUUAAAAUUUUAAAAGCCACUCAUUUGUACGUGCUUUAAUUCAAAUUUGGUUUGAUAUUAAAUCUUCCACUAAAUGAAGUGUGUAGGUAAGGGAAUGGGGGUUUCGAAAGCCAGUAGCAAGGCACAGCAAAGGGGAAAAAAAAAAAUCAAUUUUGAAU